AUGUGCAAAAUCACAACCUGUUAUCGACCCGCAACAGGGUCCGAUAACUUAUCACAGUAUUGCGAAGAUACAGCUGAUCGAAAACAGAAUAAAGUUGUAAAAGCGCAUAGAGAUUGGAAAAAGUCGAAUGGCGGACAGUGAAAAAGCGGUGAAUCGUGGCCGUCGCCACGGCAGGAAGAAGGCACCUACAGUGCCGGGACAAACAGGAAAACCUGUAUUGGUGGUCAAUGGCCGGGAAACCGGCGGAGCGAAGGGCACUGGCAAACCAAAGACAGGACCGGGUGGGGACUCGAAAGCCGCCGGUGGCGAAAAGCUGAGGCCCGAGGACGAGAAGUGGCUGCGCCAGCUGGUCAGCGACUUCUUGCAGAGCCGCGAGACGGAGCAGCAGCUCCCUGGACUUACCAAGGCCCAGCGCAGCCACGUGCACCGAUUCGCCCAGGCUCGAGGAAUAAAGACAGUAAGCAAGGGUCCAGAGAACGACCGCGUCCUCUUCAUAAGUCGGCCGCAGUCGAAAAGCCUACAGCACAACUUCCUAAACAACGCAAGGCUGCACAUUUGUUCCACGCUUGUGAACGUUUUGGACGAAAUGGCCGACGAUGUGGAACGAAGAUUGAAAAUGUUCCCUGAAGGCGGCCGGCGCAACAAUCAGCUGCAUCAGGAUCAGCGGCGUCCUUCCAACUUCGGCAUGGUCGGGCAGAGGCUCAUCCCGCCGCCGCAGAGCAACUGGAACAGGAAUAUUCAGCACGAGCGCCAGAGCCUGCCCAUCUACAAGCAGCGCGAGAACAUCCUCAGGGUGCUGCAGCACGAGCAGGUUUUGAUCAUUAAAGGAGCCACCGGCUCCGGCAAGUCCACCCAACUUCCACAGUACAUCCUCGAGUGGGCCGCCGAGCAUCGUGCACCAGUCAGGAUCGUGGUAAGUCAGCCCCGCCGCAUAGCAGCUAUCAGUGUUUCGGAGCGAAUUUCUAAGGAACGCGGCGAGGCGGUGGGCAGCACAGUGGGCUAUCAGAUUCGCAUGAAUAGACAAUGCAGCAGCCAAACGGUUCUAACGCUCACCACCAGCGGUUGCCUUUUGAGAGUUCUUGCCAUAGAUAACGAGUCCUUCUUUAAAAAUACCACCCACCUAAUCAUCGAUGAAGUCCACGAGCGUGAUUUGGACACAGACUUCCUGUUGCUGGCCACCAAGCUGGAGCUGCAAAAGAAUCCGCACCUCCGUCUUGUGCUUAUGUCGGCCACCAUGGAUCUUAAAGCAUUGUCCAACUAUUUUGGUGGGGCCAGUGUGAUGGAUGUGGAGGGGCGCAGCUUCGGGGUGUCGAUCUAUCAUCUGGAGGAUAUUCUCAGUAAUACUGGCUACAUGCAUCCGAGAAUGGAGCAUUUCAUGGGCAAGCCGACAGGCGAAGAAACUCCUAGCGAACUAUUAGCCGCCUAUUAUGGUGGUCGCACAAUCAUAGAUCCGGAUAUCGACAAUGAUUUGAUCGUUUCGCUAUUGGAAUUAUUACUGCGCCAAGGUGACACUGGAGCGGUGAUUGUCUAUCUGCCAGGCUAUAGCGACAUGACCUCGCUGCUGGACCGCUUGGAAUCGUCUCUGCCGCGGAACGAGAUCAAGAUCAUGUUGCUGCACAGCCAGGUGGACAACAACGAGCAACGCAAGACCUUUCGCGUUUAUCCUGGUGUGCGUUUAAAGAUUAUUCUUAGUACCAACAUAGGACAAACUUCGAUCACCAUUCCGGAUCUGCUCUAUGUCAUAGACACGGGCCGCGCCAAAAUGAAGACCUAUGACCCCACCACAGAUGCAUCGCAGUUAACCAGCACGUGGAUCUCGCAGGCGGACGCCAAACAGCGGGCGGGAAGAGCUGGACGCUUAUGCCAUGGUAAUUGCUAUCGGCUGUAUGACAGCUACCGCCUGGACAGGAUGGAUCUGUACACCGUCCCAGAGAUCAUGAGGCGUACCUUGGACGAGAUAUGUCUCCUGACCAAGGUGGCAGCUCCAGACAAGAAAAUAGAAAAUUUUCUAGCUCUGGCUUUGGAUCCUCCACAAAAGGAUGCCGUAAUGCAGUCCUGUUCCAGACUGAAACUAUUGACCAUGCUCGACGAACGGGACGAGAUCACCCCGCUGGGACGCAUCAUUGUCGAACUGCCUGUAGGCCUUCAAUUUGGCAAGUGCCUGAUGUAUUCCAUUUACUUGCGCUGCCUGGAUAGCAUGCUCAUAAUUGCAGCCUACCACUCCGUGAGGGAUCCCUAUGUUCUAAGUACGGAGCGCGGCAAGAAAUCAGGGCAGCAGAACAGCAGAAUUUAUUUCACUGGCGACAGGACGAGUGAUUCGCUGGCGGCCAUUAAACUCUACGAGGAGUUUACCAGCUUGAAGCGCAUGAACAUCGGCGACUUUUGCGAGCGCCAUUUUGUUUGCCGUAACGCGAUGGAGAUGUUCGUCUCGGCGGUGAGCACUCUACGCGACACCGUGUACCGUAUCUUCCGCUUUAACGAGGUAAGUGCUCGCUUGGCCUCGUCCUUCAGCAAGGAUACGAACAUGAUCCGCCUGGCUCUGACUGCAGGACUGUAUCCGAAGCUGGCAUACAUGGACCGCGAGAACAAAAACCAGCUGGUGGCUGAAGGAGAUCCAUUUGUUCAGGUUUCGAGAACCUCUUGCCUUUUGGGCAGAAGAAAGCAAAAGAAGUUGGCCAGCGAGUGGAUCUUGUUCGUUGAGAAGACCCGUCUUUCGGACCACAUGUCCUCACUGGAGCAUACCACUCUGGUGAGCAGCUUGAUGGUGGCUCUGGUGGGCGGAAAGCAGUUUAUAACCGAGCCCGUGCCUCAUGAGUCCGAGGUGCUUCUGUGCCUGGACUCCUGGAUCCGUCUGAAAUGCCCAGCCGACUUUGGAUGCCAGCUCCAUAAAGUACGAAUGCUAAUGGAGCGCGAGUUCGCAGUAUUGGUGGAGACACGGAAGCCAAGUCUAAUGGCCGAUUUCACAGGGCCGGAAACAGUUCAGCGAUUGUUGAAUGCGGAUGUGGCCUCGACCAGUCUGGCCGAGGGCAAAGGCGUCCUGGACAAAGGCAACUGUGAUACGACCACUGAAUUCUAAGCUUAAAAUAUAAGUUAUGAAAGGCAUAUACUUAGGAACUACUCACAGUAUUUGCGACCCGUAUAAGUAAUUCAAGUUCAUGAUCAUAGACCUAAAUGCUGUGCGAUUCAUAAGCACAAAGAGGCAAGCGAAUAUUUCCACUUUUCCGUAUUUUUGUACAACUCAAAAGACUCCACUGUAGUUAUUACAUAUUAGGGUACAUAUAAGGUAGCAAACACGAUAUCUUAACUAGAUUCCUUACAUGUUGUGAUACAAGGAGUCGCACAAGCGGCUUUCUCUAGCUGUUGUAACCAAUGAUACAAGCAUUCGAAUAUAUUACGAGUUCUUUGCACAAUAUUCCCUGAAAUGUGUGAAAACUUCUCUUUAAACCAAUAUUAGCGAUUAAGGAGCACCUGGGAAAGUAAAAACAAUAGAGAACGCUACAGAUACCCGAUACUCAGCUAGAAACUGGCAAGAAAUCCAAUGAAAUCAAAACAUUUUUGAAAAUUGUACGCGUGACAGCUGUUGGCGGCUUGUUUCCGCAAGAAAUCGAUAGAAACUGGCAAACAAAUAACAAAAUGUAUUAUUUAUCCAUUGAUGUAACUAUCUUAAGCGCUGAGUCGCACCGCACUGUAGCCACACUGGAACACAGGGAAUUAAAAAUGUAAGCCAAAAAUAUGGCUUUGGAGACUGUAAUUGCGGGGUGAAAAUAUGUGGGCCACAAGUGCCACGAGAUGCCAGGGAGAUCGUAGCUCGAGGCGGAGUCGGAGUCGGAGUCGGUGUCGGUGUCAGCGAGCCCAGUUGGUGGGCGUGGCUGUUCCCUGCGGUGCAUUGGGCCAUGGCAGCCGUGGAGCUGACGUUUAUGCUCCACCUGCCCCACCUGCGCCACCUGCCUCCCACUGCCCAUUCAGGCGCAAACAAGAGCGGGCAAAUGGAGAAAAAAAACAGAGUUAAUUGCACAGACGACGCAGUCAAUAAACUUGAAGUCGAGCUUGUCGCUGGUGGAGCAACAAUGGCCACAGAGACACCGAAGCAACUGCAACAAAAGACAGCAGCUUACUCACAAAGAAAGUGAAAUUAAUUUGCCAUUUCUCGCUCGGCUGUGGCUCUUUGAGCGAAAAGCCUUUGAAAACUGGGAGAGAGCAUGGCCAAUCUUCACGGUCGGCCCUACAAAUUCGAUGUUUUGUGCUGCAUAUACUCGUAUGUAUAAUAUAUAAUAUAUAAUAUAAAUUACAUGUCGCUUCCAAAGAAUGUAUGAAAAUAUUGUGGAAAACAACACACAGCACUUGGAAAGACAUUUAAAGUAACCACGUAAAAUGUAUUUAUGUCUAAGGCAAAUGAGCAUUACUUUUAAAUAACAUGAAUGUCAAACAAAAUGUUUUUCCUCUGCGUUUGAGUUUAAAAAGGCCCUUAAACCAUUUUUG